AACUGGCUGCUCUAUCCGCUCUAUCUGCUUACAGUUUCGAAAUAGAAACUUGCAACCAGGCCAAAAUAAUGACAAAUCUGACAAAUACUGUUUUUAUUCAUGUUGUCCAUCGGACGGCAAAUACUUCGCAAAUUAUAUCUCACAUUAGCAAGUUGCUAUGUCAUUGCUCGACGAUUCCUCUGAUGACGUGCUAGCCAAUUUAGAUCUUCCGCCUCCAGCAAAAAAGUUGGCUACAACUGAACCACAACCGAGCACCUCCACGGCAGUCGCUCAACAGUCAAAAAUAAUAAAAAGCUACUGUAUUCUUGUCAAUCCAAAGCAGCGUGGCAAUCCGCUAUUAAAAUCAAUUCAAAACUUACCCUGGGUGUACGACGAUAUUGUCCCGGACUAUGUGGUCGGUACUACUACGUGUAUUCUGUACAUUUCGCUGCGCUACCACAAUCUCAACCCUGACUAUAUCCACGGUCGUCUAAAACAACUGGGAAAAAUGUAUGAACUACGGGUGCUGCUGGUACAGGUCGAUAUUCAAGAUCCACACAAUGCAUUGAAGCAUCUUACGCGAAUCUGUUUACUAGCGGAUUUGACUCUGAUGCUGGCUUGGAACGCCGAAGAAGCGGGUAGGAUUGUUGAAACGUACAAGAUGCUUGAACACAAGCCAGCGGAUUUGAUCAUGGAACGACCGGGGAAAAAUCCUUAUGAGCAAUUGGUUAGUGCACUUACAACCAUCAAGCCCGUUAAUAAAAGCGAUGCAAUGACGUUAACUCAAAACUACGGAACAUUGGCCAACAUGAUCAAAAGCAGCGAAGAAAAGUUGAAACUUUGUGCCGGAUUGGGCCCGCGAAAAGCUAAAAACUUGUACAGAACGUUCAAUGAAAACUUUUUAAAGUAGAAGUUAACCUUAGUAAUGUAUUUAUUUUUUAUUUUUAUUCAAUGCAAGAAUACUUUAAA